GAGGAGGAGGAGGGCCGACAGACCAGCGAUAGCAUAUAUUGUUGAGGCCUUAAUAUUAUAUAGUAUGUCAAUAGUAUUGUUGCUGAUGUUUUUGUUAUUGCUGUUGUUGUUGUUAGUAUUAUUAUUAAUGAGAGAAUAUGAAAAAUGUGUUACAGACUGGCUUUAGUUCCUGUUUACAUCGCAGGACCUCCUCUCGUUCACCCGUCGCGGGUCACUGUUAAUCGACAAUUAUUCUACAGUGGGACAUACAUGAACGGAAGAUAGUCUCAUUAAUUGGGUGAUCACAUCGGUCGUUCUUUGUUGCUGCUGGUCUACUGUGUGUGUUUGCCCUUUCAUCCACGAAUGACUCCGUUGUUUGUGUGUUGGUGAGAGAUGAUGACACACACACACGUCGAAGUGUGAUUGUAUGCAUGUUACUUGAGGGGAAACGCACGCUGUCAGUAGCUUGUGGUGCGUCUCCACAAAGGGCCCGCUGUUAUGUAUCUUUUGUAAUCAAUAUUCCCAGGCAGGGAAGUGUGGCGGCGAAACGGUACUGCAACAUGACUGGAAGUUCACGUUCACUAAUUCAGGUUCAGUGCUGUUUGCCUAAUGCAUAUAUAUAAGCACAAGCACAAUUUUUUUUCUCCCCUCACAUUAGCGCCAUCAAGUGGAGAGGAGACGCAUUCCACCACAGUGCCUCAUGUUCAUGAAUAUACACUGACAACAAGACUUCCUGUAAUAAUAUCCUUUCAAUAUCCACUAUGGACUUUUUGCACACACACACACACACACACACACACACACACACACACACACACACACACACACACACACACACACACACACACACACUAUAGAUAAUGCUAAAAACACAUUCCCCAUAAGUCACAGAUUGUUCAAUCUAUAAAAAGUGGCCUCAACAUUUUCACACAACAUAAUGGCAAAUCUUGUAUACAAUAUUGUGAGACGGCCUUUAUUUUGAAGCACUGUAAACUACACUCAUACUGACUGGGGUGAACAAAACACUAGAAGCACCUGUCAGAGUUUAACACAACACAAUUCAACAUGACCACAAACUGCAGUCUCCAAAAAUGACCUCCAUAAAUCAGUUUCAACACAAAUUGAACAUUAUUAUUAUUACUGCAGGGCAGUUGUGUUGGAUAUAAUUUAUUUUUACAUAGGAUGAAUGAUGAAUAUGGAUUUGAUUUUUUAAAUCAUUAUACAACUCAAAGUGCUAUGUCAUGAUUGCUGCAUUUAUAGUAUAAAUAAAUAAAUAACACCAUGUCAAUCAGCAGAGCAAAAGCAGACAUAAAGACUUCUGGCAAGUGAAACAGGAGUUCACUUAUAAACAAUUUACUAUAACAGUCUGUCGUAUUUGCAACCCCCCCAAAAAAUUGAUAUAUACAUAACCCAAGACGUGAAUGGGGCCCCCUCUGCCCGGUUUAUAAACCGACCAAUGAGAGAACUACAUUUCCCAGCUGUCAUUGCGCGCCCACCUCUACCGCAAACAAAGAAAUGCAGACACGCACUCGUGGAGGUUUAUGAGCGAGGAAAAAAAUAAUCGAAUUGAUAUCAACAAAAUAACGCAAUAUUAUCGAAGAUGAUGUAAGCGACGAGUAUAACCGCAAAAAAACAACACCAAAAAUCCGUCCAAAUCCUCGCGUGAUUUCAGUCUUCCGGAAGUUGGAAUGACAUGAGAGCAGAGAGCUGUCCGAGGUGCUGACACCAAUACGUUGACAGAAUUUGGGAAGAUGGAUGGAAGUCAAGAGUCAUCCUCUUGCAUCGCCAACGCCCACAACUCCAGCGGCAGCCCCACCAAUAGUGAAUCUGGCAGCACUCCGCAAUGCAACGGGGUCCCGGAGCAUCGGACCCUGCUGCGGGCGUCUGAGGCCCACGGACUGCAGCUCCUGGGCGUGCUCAAAUCCCUGAGGGAGCGGGGUCUGCUGUUUGACUUCACCAUCAAUGUCCAGGAACGCAGUUUUCCUUGCCAUCGUUGUGUUCUUGCAGCCUGCAGUGAUUUCUUCAGGGCCAUGUUCGAGGUAGACAUGCGAGAGCGUGACGAUGGUUCAGUGACUCUGGGUAACCAGUGUCCGGUGGCGGUGGGUUCUUUCCUGGACUUUGCCUACUCAGGAGAGGCACUCAUCACCGAUAGCAAUGUAGACAUGCUGUUCCAGGUUGCCUCCUUCCUACAGGUGUCUGUGCUGUCCAAAGCUUGCAGUGACUUCCUGAUAGGAACCACGGAUCUUUGUAACUGCCUGUCGCUUUUGUCCCUCGCCGAGGCCUAUGGCUCGACCCCCCUCCUCAGAAGUGCCAAAGAGUUUGUGGUUCAGAACUUCUCCGACCUUUCCAACACCCAGGACUUCCUGGACAUGCAGGUGAAUGUGUUGGAGGCGUGCCUUAGGUCAGAUGCUUUGAACACGCCCAGUGAGGAGGCAGUGGUGAUGUCACUUCUCAGAUGGGUACGGUACGAUCUCCCCGGAAGACAGAAGUCGUUACAAGGAUUGUUAUCUCUCACCAGACUGCACCAUCUACCUGCACCUGCGCUGAAGUCUCUUCAUGAUUCAGACACUCUGCUCGGCGAUGAUGAGUCCUGUCUCGCCCUGGUGUCAGAGGCCCAGAGCAGACAGUCUCAGUACGACGGCUUACUCGCUGAUGCCAGGCCAGCCACUACACAGAGCUACAUCUACAUCCACAAGACAGAGGAGAAUGGAGAAAUCCGCCACACCUUCUGUUACUGUCUGGAAACAGACCAGUGGAAAGAGCUGGAAACGGGGCAGGGGGAGGGGACAAGCACAUUCCCAGACCCACCGGGAUCCUACCUGACCAGCUAUGCUGAAAAGAUGUUUAUAACAGGUGGUUGUCGCGGAAACUGUUGCCGGGCAAUUCGUCUUCACGUGGCAGAGCCGUUCCACGAUGCCACAGACGAGGUGUGGUGCUUCUGUCCUGUGACCCUAACCUGCUCGCCUGCACCGGUCAUGCUGAAGCCCCGCACCAUGCACACAGCUGUGACCUGCCUGGACCGGGUGUACGUCAUUGGGGGACGGACCAAGGGAUCCAGAGGGGGGGCUCCCAGUUUGUUGGAGGUGGAAUAUUAUAACCCUCUGACCCAGACUUGGUUCUCAGUCAGCCCCCUACCCACUGCCAUCUUCUACCCUGAAGCCAGUGCUUGCGGCAGUGUUAUCUAUACUCUUGGAUCAGAGGUGGAAAUCACUCACUCCUUCAACCCCUCCCUGGACUGCUUCUUCUGCUAUGACGCCCAGCAGGACCAGUGGAGCCGCCUAGUGGCAGAGUUUGGCCAGUUCUUCCACGCUACACUGAUCAAGGCGGUGUCAAUCCAUAAUACACUGCACCUCUGUGACCUGUCCACUUAUAAGGUCUUCAGUUUUUGUCCUGAGACAUGUGUGUGGAAGGGUGAAGGGUCAUUUGAGUGUGCUGGGUUCAACGCUGGAGCAGUGGGUCUGAGAGACAAAAUCUACAUCCUGGGUGGAGAUUACUCCCCUGACGAGAUCACUGAUGAAGUUCAGGUGUUCUACAGUGGGAGGAGUCAAUGGGAGGAAGUGGCGCCCAUGCCCAGAGCGCUCACCGAGUUCCACUGCCAACUCAUCAGCUUCAACAGAUACAGGGACCCGUGGGGCGGCACAGGCACAGCGUGAUGCACUGCAGACGCACAACCACACACCAAAACGUGCCACACUGGAUGUCCAUGUGUUACAAGCAUCUAGCCACGAGGAGUCUCCCUUGCCUUUCAAACCUGCAUGAUGGACAGAAGAGAGAAUGACAAUCAAGAGUUUGUCUUCAACUAACCCCAUCUCCUCUUAGAGGCCGUCGUAACACGAGCCAAAUUAUGUAUUUAUUUAUUUAUCGGAGAUUUGAGCCUUAAAAUUGUAAGCACCUGCUGUCAUAAGCCUUUUGUUGUGUCGAUCAAAAUAUGGCCCCUCCUGUGGAGGAACCCUAUUGAACAGAAGACUAUUUUAGAAAUCCUAUUUUAGUACCUGAAUAUUUUUUUUGGGGGGGGGGGGGGGGUUGUCUGAUUAAUGGUUUGAAAUGGAGAAUUGUUCCAAACUCCUCAUGUUAUCUGUAAAUUCAUCAGCUAUAGAUUAUAGAAAAGAAGACUUUAUUUUAUAACACAUUUGAUGCUCUGUUUACAGCCUUCGCAAAGGUGUCAGCCUCCUUGACUUUAACCCAAAUAUGGUGAUCUUGCAGUUGCAACAGAUUCAACUAUUUUGUUCUGGCAACAGUACAUAGGAUAUGUUAACAGUCACAAAGGUCUCGAUAGGCACUUUGCCAUCCAAGAAAUAUUAUAUUGUAGACAAUUUCAACUUUCAACUAAAUGUGUUUUAUUUAAUAGUAAAGAUUGCUUUAUGAUAUUGUCAGAAGGUGGCCCUAUGUGUGGGGUGUUCAAUAUUAUCCUCCUGAUUUCCAUUUCUUAAUUCUGGCUGAUAGAGACCUUCUCAUGUAUAUUGCACAAUUAACAACUCUUUCUUCUUCCAAAAAAAAAACAUGCCUUUGUUCAAUUUGAGACUGUCAUGCAUCCAAGCAUGCCCUGUUUCUCCUCUCAAGAUAUACAGCGUAUGGCUAUUCUACCUGUGACCAGGGGAGAGAUCACCUGAUCUUCUUCAGCAAAUGUUCAGCUUCAUCUGCACCUAAACACUCUGUAGCUUCAAUCAAUACAAUACUGUGCAAGUUCCAGGAAACACAAUGGAGAGAAAAUGUGGGCUUCAUAGUGGAAAUCAUGAAUGCGCAAUACGUUUGGGUUGUGAAAAAGAAUCCCACAACUGAAAGACUGCUUUAUGGCAAGAAGUGAACAUAAACAUAAUGCUUCAUUA